ACAAAAACAAAAACAUACAUAUGAACUUAUGAAUAAAUAAGAACUCUCGUGCUUUUAGGAAUUGACUUUACAGAUCAUAGCGCUUUAGUUGACAUUUUACUGGAAAAGAUAUACAUCGAGGCGCAUUCGAAUGGUGUUCAAACCGUUAUGCUAGGUAGGCUUUUUCCCAUCAUCCUUUGCCUGCUGGCUUCAACUCCACUAAAAGCAACAUUUCAGAGGGAUCUCCUGACGUACAUCAAUGACUUUCGUCAUCUCCACGCGGGGGGUCCACUCAUCAAUUCGCCAACUGCCACUGCGCUUGCGCAGAAAGCCGCCGAGCGAUACAGACAGUCAGGCGACAUUAACUCAGCUGCAAAUCCUAAGCUCAGCACAAAUCUGUGUCUCUUUAAUGGCAACAUCCGGGACCUUGCCAAGACAUGCGCAAUAAGCUGGUACACAACCAUCAAGCACCACAACUGGUGCAGACCGCAGGCAUCAGGGAACGCGGGCCCGUUCAUGAACAUGAUCUGGAAUAAUACAAACCGCAUCGGGAUUGGUAUCUCGAAAGCUUCUGACACAAAGUAUUAUGUCGUGGCGUAUUUUUCACCCAAGCGAAAAGGGGAACUGAAGAGAAACGUGCGACCGGUAAAGAUUAUCACUGAUGCAAGCUCAAAAGCGAAGUGUCCCGCGGGAUACUCGCGCUUCGGGUCAAACUGCUUCAAGUACCAUACCACGCCGGUCACGUGGGAUGACGCAGUGCUAAGAUGCGCCAAUGAGAACGCGACGCUGGUCUCUGUGCGGAAUCAGGACGAGGAGAAGUUCAUGCGUGACCUUCAAGUGAGGAGCGGUGGCCAGGGAUACAUGUGGAUAGGCCUGAGUGACCGUCUUCAGGAGGGACACUUCGCCUGGCUGGACGGGUUACACUUUAAACUUGGCGUCUGUGCCCCUGUGAACGCUCAUGGUGGCGCGGCAGAGAACUGUGUUGUCUGGACGACGUCUAAGCCAAUCAGCUGCUGGUCUGAUAAGAGUUGCUCUGAGAAGCAUCCAUAUAUGUGUAGGAUGCCCGUUGAAGGGAAAUCAACGUUUAGAGUUGAAAUACUCUACAAAAACUUCCGAUGGAAUCCGAAUUUUCGAGACAGAACAACGAAAGCAUUCCGUGACCUUCAGAGAGGGAUCAAAGUUGCGAUUAAGGAGGUUCUUCAGAAGCCUUCAGGGCGAGUAGGAGGUGGAUUGCGAACAGUCAAGAUUACUGGCACCAGACCUCUAUCUGUCCCAGGAGGGAGACGAGGCACGAUAGUCAAGCUGAAGCUACAGUUCCGGACGGACACCGCGGACCCUACUCUGCAAUUCCAGCGAUUUCUCAGAAAAUCAGAGAGGAUUGUCAGUAUAACAUUAGAUAGACCAGUUCAUGACUCCUUAGACAAAACGAUGUGCUCUUUUCCAUGUCAAAAGAAGCUCAGUAAUCCGGGUUGCAAGUGCCCCCUUGUGACGUCACCAACUUACUCUCACGUGACCUAUCCGGGAUACCAAUACCCAUUUUACCAGCAUGCGGGAUACCAGCAACCCGCAUUUCAACAUACGGGGUAUCAAUAUCAAUAUCCGGUACCACAGCAAUGCCAGACCUGUAUGCCCCAGACCCCUCAAUGCUACAUGUUUUGCGAUGAGUCCUGCUGUGGCAAAGCCAAAGUUCAAACCAAAGACUCGCUUAAAAGAUUACGAGAGCUGCGCGACGAGUUGCAAGACAGUCAAGAAUUAGAUUAUUCGGAUUUUCAAGGUGUGGGACAGUUUCUGAAAGUAAAAGACGGCGCAGUUGAUAAAAGGAAGGUGGAAAGAGCUGUUGAGAUGGUGGAUAGAAAUAUAAAAAAACUGGAAGCUAAACUUCGGGAGAAAUUAUCAGAAAAUAAUGAUAUGGACGACGUUCCGGAAGAUCUCCCGGAUUACCAGCAGAUGAAUUUGCUUCCGGACAAUAAUGAUCAUGAAGAUGACGAUAACGACGUAGACGAUGAUGAUGAUAAUGAUUACAAUGGGUGGAGUGGCGGUGAUGAAUUGCUGAAGGACCCGAGCCCUGCGCCGCUAAAGCCAAAAGAUCAAAGCACUGUCACAAAACCUGCUUCGUCACCAACACCUACCAAGGAAUCCAUCGACGGACCACCAGCGGGUGCUGAGCCCGCAGUCUCAGACGCUGAACAGGAAUACGAGGAGCAUUGGCCGUCACACAACAGCGAUGAGAGUCACGCAGACACUGAAGUGAGCUCCGGUAACCAAGCAACAGAAAGUGACGUCACUGACGAGCAGGACCAUGAGGAGGAGAAAGAAUCGAAUGCACUCCCUGAAAUGUUUUGAAUUACAGUUUCCAUGGAGACAAUCAAGGAAGAAUAAGCUGACAAGACAGAUAGGUUUAUUAUAUAACUAAAUGUAUUACAUUAACUUUAUCAAUAAAGACUUCCUUAUUCGCCUGGGA